AUGGAUGCCUAUACUUCCAUCAUUAAUCAUGAAAAAUUUUCAAAGUACACAUUAAACAUUACAAACUCGCCAAAGAGUAUAGAGAACUGGGAAACUCUUGUUACGUUCCUGUUGGGUCCCACUAUUCAAUUAAAUAAAAAUUUGGAUAAAAGAUUAUAUAAACUGAUUACAAAAGUUUACGAUUCAUUUCUCACUCAGUUCCCUUAUUUAGAGAAUUACCAUAUCGAUUAUGCUCUAUUGGAAUACAAAUUAGGGCAUAUAUCUAAAUUCCAUGAAAUAUUUAACAAUGCACUAUUCAUAUUUAAUCAUAGGUCGCUACUACUUUGGGUUUCAUAUUUAUCAAAAUGUAAUGAGAGUAUUAUAGAUAACAAAACGUUGUUUGCAUUAUACGAGAAGGCAGAAGCCUAUAUUGGUUUGCACUAUUUGAGUGGGGAGUUUUGGAUGUUAUAUCUCGAACAACUCAAAGAACGCUGUUCGACUAAAAAUAGGUACUAUAUUGUUCUCAGGAAAGUUUUGGAGAUACCAAAUCAUUCAUUUAGUGCUUUUUAUGACCGGUGGUUCAAAGAGAUCGAUAAUAUUCAAGAUUUGUCAACUCUUAAGUAUUUUGCACCAACACUGGACUUACAGACUAGAAUAAAGGUCGACGUUAACCAUAAAGGUAGAAAAGGUCUAAUUUUAUUAGAAGCCAAAAAAACAUUUGCUAAGAUUGCUAAAGAUUUAUAUAAUACUAUUCAAUUCCAAGUUAAUGAACUAUAUUCAUUAUUUGAAGUCAAUAUAACUGUUCCUUAUUAUUGUUCAUAUGAUACAUUGAUAAAGACUGAAGAAAUAGAAAAUUGGAUUAAAUAUCUGAAUUAUACCAUUGAAUUGAAAAAUGAUACACUCACCCAUUUAAAUUUCCAAAGGGCAUUGAUACCACUGGCUAACUAUGACCAAAUUUGGUUGAUGUAUGCGAAUUGGGUUACACUUGUUCAAGACGAUUAUAUUACUGCAAAAAAUAUUUUGUUAAAAGCCUUAAGCAUGUCAAAUAAAAAAACUAAAGUACUAAAAGAACUUUACGGGAUAUUGCUGAAUUUGAAUGACUACGACAUGUUAGAUGAUAUGCUUAAAAAAGUUGAGAAUUCAUUCAACAAUUUACAGGACUGUGAUGAUUUUGAAAUAUUCUGGGAUUAUAUUCAAUUUAAAUGGUUUCUGCAUAACACUGUCGGUAGCAGUCGUUAUUCAGGUAACAAAGGUAAGUCAAUCAUUCCCGCUGAGGUAAUGGGCCUAAUAAUACUUUGGUUAAAGGAUUCAGAGAAAAAAGAAGGACAGUAUAUUUUACUGAAUUACAUUUUGGAGUUACAAAAUAAAGAUAAUUCAGAGGUUUUAGAAAAUAAAGUGUUCAGGAUGUUAAUAAAAGAAAAUAUUUCAUUUUAUUUAGAGGAUUGUAAAUUCUGGGAGUUAUAUUGCAAAUUAAUAUUAUUUAACCCAUCAUUAUCAUAUUUAAAUAAAAGAAAGAAGAUAUUCCAAAUAUGGAAAGAAAUAAAAAAUUAUAAAUUGAAAUCAUAUGAUAAUUUACUAUUAUUCUGUGAAUCUUAUUUAAUUGAUGACACUGAUACUUUCAAAAAAUUAUUUGAUCUAUAG